AGAGAGAGAGAGAGAGAGAGAGAGAGAGAGAGAGAGAGAGAGAGAGAGAGAGGAGAGAUCGAAGAGGUAAACCGCUACUACUCCUGAGGGAGUCGCGGUUCCACCGCCGUAGGAACGCGUUCUCACGACGACCGGCUCUCUCUCGUGUGCAAGACGCGUAUACGAGGCGAGACUGCCUCUGUCAAUGUGUGUUCGCGGGCUCUUUUUUUUCGAUAACGAGAGAGGAGCCGGUGCUGCCAGUCUGCGCGCUCGUAUAUGUACGUUUAGUGAAAGUUUCGAUUCGCCGCUCGCAGCUCGCGCUCCGGCGACUUUUAUAAAAAUCCCGCAUUGCUUACCUGCGAGAGUGUCCAAGCGCGAGCGCAGCCCUGUACACACGGUGUACUUUCGAAUUCCGCGAGUGCCCGCGGAACACAUCGAGGAGAGCUUUUAACAGACAACCUACUGCGUGGAUUAUAAUGAGCAGGGCUGCAAGAGCUUGAAUAAUACGACAGCUCGAGGAAAAAGCUCUACCAGCGGCCGAUGGUGUAGGGCUCUAAAAAAAGCCAGCCGCGAGCGCGUGUGGAGAAUUGGAAUACAAACAAACAAACACGCGCGUAUAACAAAAGAGGAAUCUCUCUCGCGCUCGGCCGCGACAAAAGACCGGCGACAACGGCGGCGGCGGUGAAAGAAGAGCGAAAAUAACAAGUCGACAAGUCGUCGCGAGGCUAUAUGCGAGCGAUGUUUUACGAGACGGCGAGCUGGACCGUCGUCGCGGAGCUUUGGAAAAGUCUGCGCGUGUGCAUCGGUGCAGGCGUCGUUCCGAUGCAUCACCAGUGAGAAAGAGAGAGAGAGAGAGAGAGAGAGAGAGAGAGAGAGAGAGAGAGAGACUCGUGCAUCAGUGUGUUUAUAGUGUGCAGGCGGUGAAAAAUAGAAGCGCGAAAAAGUCGCGGCCACAGCAGCAGCAGCAGCAGUCCAGAAGCGCCGCAAGCUCGCGGCCGCACUUGAAAAAGCUUCGUCGUGUGCGAACCCAAGCUAGUUGGAGAGAGCGGAAGCGGAGAACGACGAUGAGCUUCUGGAGGAGGAUCGAAUCAGCAGCUAGUGCCAAGGGCUCGCCAUGUUGAACGAAAGCUUCGUCGCCUCGGAAUACAGAAGGGAACUCGGCUGGUGGAACGUGACGGCGACGUCGUUGCAGGAGCCGCUGGUCGAUCGCCGGGAGGACGACGACGACGACUCGAUCGCUCGACUUCUCAGGCGCGAUCCCCUCUACAUCGUCCUCCCCAUAAGCAUCCUCUACACCCUCAUCUUCAUCACCGGCCUCGUGGGCAACGUCUCGACCUGCGUCGUCAUAGCGCGCAACAAGUGCAUGCACACCGCGACCAACUACUACCUCUUCAGUCUGGCCAUAUCGGAUCUACUACUACUUAUCAGCGGCCUGCCACCCGAGAUCUACUACAUCUGGUCGAACAUCUACGUCUUCGGCGAGACCUUCUGCGUCGUCCAGAGCUUCGCCGCCGAGACGUCGGCCAACGCGACCGUACUCACCAUCACGGCUUUCACCGUCGAGAGAUACGUAGCCAUAUGCCACCCGUUCAUCUCGCACACCAUGUCCAAGCUCUCGCGAGCGGUCAAGUACGUGAUCGCCAUCUGGUUGCUGGCCCUGUGCCUGGCCAUCCCUCAGGCCAUCCAGUUCGGCAUCGUUUACAAUAAGCUGCCGAACGGCACACUGCUGAAGGACAGCGCGAUGUGCUCGGUCAAGUGGCGCUUCAUCCACCACGCCUUCGAGAUAUCGACGAUCCUCUUCUUCGUCGUGCCCAUGACCCUCAUCACGGCGCUCUACAUCCUCAUCGGUGUCAAGCUCAGGACCUCCAGACUGCUAUCCACCGUCAAGAGGAUACCCUCCGGUCAGGGACUCGGACAAUCCGACAGCAGGAGCAAGAGCUGCUCGCAGAGGAAUGUCAUCCGCAUGCUGGUCGCCGUGGUCGUGGCCUUUUUCAUCUGCUGGGCGCCGUUUCACUCGCAGAGACUGCUCGCCGUUUACGCGGAGAACAAUAAAAAGGACGAAGACAAGCUGGCCAUUGUCAAGCCCGUCUACACAGCGCUCACCUACAUCUCCGGGAUAUUCUACUACUUGUCGACGACCAUCAAUCCCCUGCUCUACAACAUCAUGUCGAACAAGUUCAGGGAGGCGUUCAAGGCAAUGCUAUCGAAGCACUGCGGCAGCAGACUGCAAAAGUCGAACCCCGGCCGACCGACCUACAGCAGCCUGUCCCGAUAUCCUCGCUCGACGAUACACCGGGUCGAUCCUCAAGUCUCGGCCUCGCUGUCCGUCAGCGAGGAGACACAAAAACUCAGCCCGACAGCAGCCGAGUGUCCCGUGGAAAUAAUCAGCUGCUCGAGACUCGGCUACUGCGGUUCACCCGCCGGCAAGAACGAGCCCAACGAGAUUGUCACCGAGAACAUCCUGUGCCGCGAGUUUCUCAACAACGAGCCCGUGCAGUCGAAAUGCAUCAAACCUGAAUGCUGGCUGAUCACUUGAUGCUCGGACUAGCGGAGCCCGACGAGGCGUCCGGAUAAUCAUCGGCGACGAACCGACUGUCCAGUUUCGGUGAGCUCGAUUUAGAGCCUCCUUAUGCCUGACUUGAUCUGCGCGAUCGUACUUAGUCAUUUCAUUCGAGCCCGCGCGCGUAUAAUACAUGUAUAUUCACAUCACAUUAUAUACACACAUAUAAUGCCAAAACUAUCGAUGUUACAUGAGAGUCAUGCUUAUUUACACACACGCACACACACACACACACACACACAUAUACUGUUAUAUGUAUCGUAAUUGUAAAUAUGGACGUAUCGUAAAUGAAUUAUGUAUGCAUAUUACGUUGUCGACGUUUCGCAGGGUUGUGCGGGAAAGUUAGUAUAACGGCUUGUAUUCCAAUUCGUCACGUUAUAAUCAAGCGCAAACGAAGCCAUUUAUAUGUGUCUAUAUACGUCUGUAUCCGAGCGUAUAUAUUAUUUGUUAGGGACGUAUAUACUAAUAUAUGUCCCUAACUUGUAUAUACUAAUUUUAUAGACGUUUAUGUAUCGACAUAUUAUACAUACUAUACUGUUUCUCGCGCUGUUACUUUAAGCUGUUCGUGAUAUUGCGCCUUACAAUCAUGAAACUGAUUGAACAUGUUGCCAUUUUGUAAAUAUUUAUAUCUGUUAGCCUCAGUUUUUAACGUAUUUAUAUAUUCGCUAUACGAAUAAACUUAUACACCCAUGCAUACUCAAUAACUCAAUGCGUUUAUUUGCUCACUCUUUUUUUUUAAUCUUUCUUAGUAAAUAUAAAAUACAGUAGCAGGUCAGUCAUACAUGAAGAACUUGGUUCUACACUACUGCUGACUGUACCUAUA